AAGUCACUGGAAAAAACCCAAUACAAGUAAGGGGAGUUUUGGGGCCUGAAAAGUGAUUUGUAUGUAAUAGUUCUGGUUGGGCUGAUGUAGUCUGUAUUCCACAAUGAGGUAGUUCAGCAGGGAAUGAAGAUAAAGCAUGCUGGUUACAAUGUAUUAGCAAGUUCAGAAAGCUUGGGGGGACUUCCUGAAAGAUUCAAAACACUAGUACAAUGUUUUGGCUAACAGUCUGUCCAAGUGUUUUCACACUAGACAAAGCUGUGGGUAUAUUUCAGCAGGUCUUUUAAGUGCGAUUUGUAUUUUUAAAACCAUAAUCCUGUAAACACUUACAUGCUAUCCUGACGCAUCAGGAGAAAGUUCUUCUUCCAGAGGGUGGUUGGCCCCUGGAACAGGCUCCCCGAAGUGAUCGCAGCACCAGCCUGACAGAGUUCGACAAGAGUUUGGACACUGCUCUCUGGCCCAUGGUGUGACUCUUGAGGGCGGUGCUGUGCAGGGCCAGGAGCUGCACUCGAUGCUCCUCAUGGGUCCCUUCGAACUUAUUCUAUGAUAAAUGAAGCCUUUGAGCUGUAGCGGCGAGAAGAAACCACAUUGCUUUUCUGUUUGCGUUUUCCUGUGAGGGCACCCCUCAAACUCUUACACUCGCUGAAGCAAGAGCAAAGGGCUACAUAACUGACUUGUGCUACUUUUUCUGCUCUUUCUCUGCAGUUAAUGGACUAUAUUCCUAACUUUUUCACAACAGCACUUUAAUAAUUUGUCGGUUUCGGGGACGUGCUGGCCUCAGCCGCCAGCAGAGCGCACGCAGCGGGAGCCGGCCCGGGCCCACCCUCAGCCCCUCUCGGGCCGCGCCGGGGCUGUGGGUGCUGCCCGCGCGGCCGGCAGGGGGCGCUGCUGCCCCGCGCUGGCCGCGCUCGCUCCCCUCGGCGGUUCCAUUGGAGCAGCCGGAGACGAGUUGGCGCCAUUUUGAAGCCGGCAGGGGGACCGGGGCGAGCUGCGGAAGGGGAGGGGGCUGGCGGCGAUUGGCUGCGGCGGCGGCGGCGGCGGCAGCGCCUCUCCGAGCCCGGAGCGGCGGCAGCGCGGAGCGGACCCGCCUGCGACCAGCGAGGCGAGGCGGCUGCGGCGGGUUUUAAAACCGUGAAAUCAUGGCUCAUUCAAAGACAAGAGCCAAUGAUGGAAAAAUCACAUAUCCUCCAGGAGUCAAAGAAAUCUCUGAUAAAAUAUCUAAAGAAGAGAUGGUGAGAAGGCUAAAGAUGGUUGUGAAAACUUUCAUGGAUAUGGACCAGGACUCUGAAGAAGAAAAGGAGCUCUACCUAAACCUUGCUUUACAUCUUGCUUCAGAUUUCUUCCUCAAACAUCCUGAUAAGGAUGUACGUUUGUUGGUAGCGUGUUGUCUUGCCGACAUUUUCAGAAUUUAUGCCCCUGAAGCUCCGUACACUUCACCAGAUAAACUGAAGGAUAUAUUUAUGUUCAUAACAAGGCAACUUAAAGGUUUAGAAGAUACAAAAAGCCCCCAGUUUAAUCGAUACUUUUAUUUGCUUGAGAACAUUGCUUGGGUCAAGUCUUAUAACAUAUGCUUUGAAUUAGAAGACAGCAAUGAGAUUUUUACACAGCUGUAUAGAACACUGUUUUCAGUGAUAAACAAUGGUCAUAACCAAAAAGUACACAUGCACAUGGUUGAUCUAAUGAGCUCUAUCAUUUGUGAGGGAGAUACUGUGUCACAGGAACUUCUGGAUACAGUGUUAGUUAAUCUAGUGCCAGCACAUAAGAAUUUAAACAAGCAAGCCUAUGAUUUGGCAAAAGCUCUACUAAAGAGGACUGCGCAAGCAAUUGAGCCAUACAUUACUAAUUUCUUUAAUCAAGUCCUCAUGCUUGGUAAAACAUCAAUUAGUGACCUGUCAGAGCAUGUGUUUGAUUUGAUUCUGGAGUUAUACAAUAUUGACAGUCACCUCUUGCUUUCUGUUCUACCACAGCUCGAAUUCAAACUUAAGAGCAAUGACAAUGAAGAACGUCUGCAGGUUGUGAAACUUCUAGCAAAAAUGUUUGGGGCGAAGGAUUCGGAGUUGGCAUCUCAAAACAAACCACUUUGGCAGUGCUACCUGGGGAGGUUUAAUGAUAUCCACGUACCUAUUCGCCUUGAGUGUGUCAAAUUUGCAAGUCACUGCCUUAUGAACCACCCCGACCUGGCAAAGGACUUAACAGAAUAUCUGAAAGUAAGGUCACAUGAUCCUGAGGAGGCCAUACGGCAUGAUGUUAUAGUAUCCAUAGUUACUGCUGCUAAAAAAGAUCUUUUGCUUGUCAAUGAUCACCUGCUAAAUUUCGUCAGAGAAAGGACACUGGACAAGCGGUGGAGAGUGAGGAAGGAAGCCAUGAUGGGACUUGCACAGAUUUACAAGAAAUAUUCAUUGCAAUCAGAAGCAGGAAAAGAAGCUGCAAAACAGAUAUCAUGGAUCAAAGAUAAACUUCUGCAUAUAUAUUACCAAAACAGUAUUGAUGAUCGGUUACUUGUUGAACGCAUUUUUGCUCAGUACAUGGUCCCUCAUAACUUGGAAACAAACGAGCGAAUGAAGUGUUUGUAUUACCUUUAUGCCACCCUGGAUUCAAAUGCUGUGAAAGCAUUGAAUGAAAUGUGGAAAUGUCAAAAUCUGCUACGACACCAAGUAAAGGAUUUAGUUGAUCUAAUAAAACAACCCAAAACAGAUGCCAGCAGUAAAGCUAUAUUCUCAAAAGUGAUGGUUAUAACAAGAAACCUUCCUGAUCCAGGGAAAGCUCAAGACUUCAUGAAAAAGUUCACACAAGUUCUAGAAGAUGAUGAAAAAAUAAGAAGUCAGUUAGAAAUGCUUGUUAGCCCAACAUGUUCUUGCAAACAGGCUGAAGGAUGUGUGAGGGAAAUAACAAAGAAGUUGGGCAAUCCAAAGCAACCAACAAAUCCUUUCCUGGAAAUGAUAAAGUUUCUCCUUGAAAGAAUUGCACCUGUGCAUAUUGAUACUGAAUCCAUCAGUGCCCUUAUCAAGCAAGUGAACAAGUCUAUAGAUGGAACGGCUGAUGAUGAAGAUGAGGGUGUACCUACUGACCAGGCAAUCAGAGCAGGUCUUGAGUUGCUGAAGGUACUUUCGUUUACACACCCUAUCUCAUUUCAUUCAGCUGAAACUUUUGAAUCUCUCCUCGCUUGCUUGAAAAUGGAUGAUGAAAAAGUGGCAGAAGCUGCAUUACAAAUUUUCAAAAAUACAGGAAGUAAAAUUGAAGAAGACUUUCCUCACAUACGAUCUGCUUUGCUUCCAGUGUUGCAUCAUAAAGCUAAAAAGGGACCCCCUCGUCAAGCCAAGUAUGCUAUUCACUGCAUCCAUGCAAUAUUUUCCAGCAAAGAAACACAGUUUGCACAGAUAUUUGAGCCCCUGCAUAAAAGCCUGGAUCCAAGCAAUUUUGAGCACCUCAUUACGCCGUUGGUUACUAUUGGCCAUAUAGCCAUGCUGGCACCUGACCAGUUUGCUGCCCCUUUGAAAUCUUUGGUUGCUACUUUCAUUGUUAAAGAUUUGCUAAUGAACGAUAGGCUUCCAGGAAAAAAGACAACAAAACUCUGGGUCCCAGAUGAAGAAGUGUCUCCUGAAACCCUUGUUAAAAUCCAGGCCAUCAAGAUGAUGGUUCGGUGGUUGCUAGGAAUGAAGAAUAACCACAGCAAGUCAGGAACUUCUACUCUGAGAUUGCUAACAACAAUAUUACACAGUGAUGGAGAUUUAACAGAGCAGGGGAAAAUAAGUAAACCUGAUAUGUCUCGCUUGAGGCUGGCUGCAGGGAAUGCUAUUGUGAAGUUGGCACAAGAACCUUGUUACCACGAAAUCAUCACCUUGGAACAAUACCAGCUGUGUGCACUAGCCAUAAAUGAUGAAUGUUACCAAGUGAGACAAAUAUUUGCUCAGAAACUUCACAAAGGCCUUUCUAGACUACGGCUGCCACUAGAAUAUAUGGCUAUUUGUGCACUGUGUGCAAAAGAUCCCGUGAAAGAGAGAAGAGCUCAUGCUAGGCAGUGCCUUGUGAAGAACAUAAAUGUCAGAAGGGAAUAUCUGAAGCAACACGCAGCAGUUAGUGAGAAACUGUUGUCACUUCUACCAGAGUAUGUUGUUCCUUACACUAUCCAUCUUCUAGCUCAUGACCCAGAUUAUGUCAAAGUCCAGGACAUUGAACAACUCAAGGACAUUAAAGAGUGCUUGUGGUUCAUACUGGAAAUAUUAAUGGCAAAAAAUGAAAACAACAGUCAUGCAUUUAUCAGAAAAAUGGUAGAAAAUAUCAAACAGACUAAGGAUGCUCAAGGACCAGACGAUCAAAAAAUGAAUGAAAAACUAUAUACGGUCUGUGAUGUAGCAAUGAAUAUCAUUAUGUCAAAGAGUACAACAUACAGUUUGGAAUCCCCUAAAGACCCUGUACUUCCAGCCAGAUACUUUACUCAACCAGACAAGAAUUUCAGUAACACCAAAAAUUAUCUUCCUCCGGAAAUGAAGUCUUUUUUCACCCCUGGAAAGCCCAAAGCAGCCAAUGUUCUUGGAGCAGUUAAUAAGCCUCUUUCGUCAGCAGGCAAGCAGUCUCAGUCCAAAUCUUCACGAAUGGAAACUGUAAGCAAUGCCAGCAGCAGUUCAAAUCCAAGCUCUCCAGGAAGGAUCAAAGCGAGACUUGACAGUACUGAAAUGGACCACAGUGAAAAUGAAGAAUUCACACUGGCUUCACCCUUACCAGGAAAGAAAACUGACAAAAGGGACGACUCUGAUCUUGUAAGGUCAGAGAUGGAGAAGCCUAGAGGAAGGAAGAAAGCCACUAUUACAGAUUCAGAAGAGAAGCUAAGCAUAGAUGACUUGAAUAAACUGGGUCAAGAGCAGAAGCUUAGAGGUAGUCAACGGGGAAGGAAGAGACCUGCAGUUGUAUCAGAAGCCGAUGAAACACAAUGGCAAGAGGAAAAAAGGCUAAAAGAAGACGUGAUAGAAAGUGAGGAUGAGCAGAACAGUCCACCAAAGAAAGGGAGAAGAGGACGCCCUACCAGAACAAAUAAUGGGGCAGCACCAAAGGAAGAACCAGUGACAAAGUCAUCAAAAAGGAGCAAAAAAAAACAACCACCAGCAGCUGCAGUGGAAGAGGAGGAGGAAGAGGAGGAAAGGCAAACUGAAAACAUUGAACAAAAGCCAAAAGGCAGGCAAAAUAGGACAUCAAAAAGAACGCAGCAGAGUCGUGCGGGACGUUCUAAACAAGCAGCCAGUAAAGAGAAUGAAUCCAGUGAAGAGAUGGAUGUGUUUCAGAGUGGUUCACCUGUCAGUGAUGACAUUCCCCAGGAAGAAGUAAUGGAAGAAGAGGAGGUUUCCACAAUCAAUGUCCGUCGCAGAACUUCCAAAAGGGAAAGACGAUGAGUGAGCUCAUAGUUAUCAGCCUUCCAGGUGAAAGCUUUGAAGAAUGCGUUUAAUAUAAAGCUUGAGACUGAUUGAAGCUGUUAGUGCACAAAUGGGGUUGCUGAAGAAAAGACAAAACCUAUUUUACUGCCCCUGCAUUUGCAGUCCAUAGGUCACAAGCUUUAGCCACACACAUGUUGAUAUCAUUAACUGUGGAUUUUUGUGAAGUGUAAUGUGCGCUGGCUUUGUAGACAUAUGAACUAAAGAAGAAAACUGUAAAUAGUUCUUUUUUUAAUGUUUCUGACUUAUAAAGUGCUUGUAUAGCUUUUAUCUGCGGCUUUAAACUGACAGUACCCCACUGUUUAUUGGAUCGAUUGAUUUAAAAAAAGAACAGUUUGUUGAAAAUUGAUCUCAAGCAAUAUCUGUCAGUGUUCGUAUUUGUACUCUUGUUGACAUUUAACUGUGAAAAACAAGUCAGUUGAACAAAUAGUGCCACAUUCUUUUGCCACUAUUUGUCAAGGAGAAGAAGAGGAAGAAAAAAAGUCUUUGUUUCCUUCAUAAAUGUAACCUAGUGUUUACCUUCAGACACCUACCUGUCAUCAGAGGUGCUGAAUUACUUUCUUUUACAGUUGAACAAUAUUGGAUAGAAUAAUAUAAGAGAUGCAAAUUUGGAAAGAAGUUUUGUUUUACACCUCAGUAUUGAUGCCAGACUUUUCUGGACUUGUAGUGGCAUUGAAAAUUCAAAAAGGAUUUAAAAUAUUUUAAUUUUAAAAGUGUGUUAUUAAAUAAUGUACUGAAUACCCUACCCAUUUUAUCUUCCCCUAUCAGUUUUUAUUAAUCUACUGUAUCAAUAAAAUUCUGUAACUGAGUUUUUAAUAGUCUAGUAUGUUAAUGUGUAUAGAUAUUUCCUCCUGAACAUGAUGUUCACAAAGAGCAAAUUAUUACUACAUUAUAAUAUGAAAUCUGAUAUAUAAACAUUAGUGAAAAUACAGUUCUUAUUACAAUGUAAAGUUAAUCACAAAGAGAAAUUUUAUUGAUGCAGUGUGUCUUUAUAAAGCUGUUCUUGAGAGCCAAGUGUUUUGUAUUUUAUAGUGAAGUUGCAUGUUUAUGAAAAAUGUGCUGAAAAUGGGAUGUAAUGUUUUUUUUGAAACUCGUAUCUAGCAGUAGUAUAUGGUAGGUUGCCUCAUGAGAGAUCCUUUUAUUGAGAGUUUAUUGUACCUUUCUGUUUUGUUUUUAUUUUUUGAGCCAAAUUUUUUUGGUAUGAAGAGCUAAGUUUUUGUUGAAUAACCAGCUGUCAAUUAUUACAGUCAAGGUAUUCAAGAUUUGAAUGAAGCUCCAUUUUUGUUUUGUGCUACAAUAGAGAGAGGUUGGUUUGUGUUGGGUUUUUUAGUUUUUUUUGUUUGUUUGGGGUUUUUUUCUAGUUAUAAGCUGAAAAAAACCAGAAGAAACAAAAUACAUAGAGCAGUAUCCUGUAUGCAGUUUAACAGUUUACAAACUGUCUUUGAACCAAAAUAUAUAAGUUACUAUAUCCUGCUUAGCCAAGCACACAUCAUAAUUUCAGGUGCUGUUCUCCCUCUGGUUCCCUACAACACAUGAAAAAUCAAUUCCUAACCUAAGAAAAUUUUAUUUCAUUGAAUAAUGGAGCAUUUUUACAUAAUCCGUCAAUAAAUAAGUUAUUGUUGCAAGGUUGCCUGUAAAGAUUAGAGGAAAGGAUAAUACUAAACCACGGAUUUUCUGAUUUCCAAACUGUAAGAUCACUAAUAAAGCAAGCAACCCUUAGAAUUUUUUCAUUAUUCAUUUUUUUUGGUACCACUAGGAAAAAGUAUUACAAACUCUUAGAUUAUCCUGCCUCAUCUUAACUUUCCCCCUCUUCCAGUAUUCAGCUUUUCAACAUUUAUACCUAUAGAUACGGGGGAAAUGCUGACUAGAAAGGCAGUUGUGGUUGAUAUGAAUUGACUCUGAAAUAGUUGGCACAAUGGAACUGGCUUACUUAUGCUUCAGCAGUGCAAAUGCAAGUUGUUGAGGGUUUUUUAUGGUAUAAAAUGAUUGAAAGCUAGCUUUGUAUUUUCCUCUUUGACAGAAUUGCACUGAAAACAUUUAUGGAAGAUGUACCUUUAAGUCAAUUUUAUACAAAAAUUGAAAAAUUAAUGCCGAAACUGCUGCAGACUCUUGAGGCUUUAUGUGCAUAAACAUGGUUAGGUUAAACUUCAUGGAAUAUUGAUGCACCAUUACCAAUCAUAAUGUUUAUUGUAAAUUUAAACUAUAGUUUUGCAAUUUAAAUGUUGAUUUCUUGGGUAAUAAUGUGUAAAUCAUUAUUUCUUGAGAAAUAGGCACAGCAAAUAUGUCAUUCUUAUAUUCAAACCUCUUCUAAGUUCAUUCUCAUCUCAUAAAGAAAAUGAAUAUUUUAUGUACUAACAUUUUGAGAUCUGCGUACAGUAGCUACAGUAGAUUAUAAUUAUGUAUAAAAGAUAAAUUGCUAACAUUCAGUUAGCAUGCUCUUCUGCAAUGAUAAUGUUAAGUUUAUAAAAAUGUACUGUAUUACAUUAAAAGAUCAAAUUGAACUCGCUGUAACAAUUUCCAGUAUGACAUUUUUGUGAGAUUACCAAAGUGUCUUGCUGUAUUUUGCAGCAAAUAAAGCUUUUGUUACAUUUCCUUUUUUUGCUGCAGUGCAACAGGAAACUUUCAGUGAUCUGUAGUUCACGUGCAAAAUCCAAACAGAGAUUGUGAUCUUUAGUGUUUAAAAAUAAUUCACUGAUUCCAGAAGCAUGGUGGUUUUUUACCUGUCACAGACUGAGAUAAUGAGUAUUUAGGGCUAGAUAACCAACUAAUAGGAAGGAAACAUGAAAGUGUUUCAAAGUUCUAAUGUGACUAUACUGUUCCACCUCAGAUAAUUAGAAUUCUGUAUUGACUAUACUUGACUCUGCCAAUUGACUUUAUUUUCUAGAAAAAUUGAACCCUUUUUCAAAUAUUUUGACACUUGCUGUUUUGCCAUUUGGAUCUCUGUGAACAAAAAUAUUAGUUUACAAAAAGAUACUAAUAUUAAAGACAUUUUCACCAAAAA